AUUCAGGCGGGCGCGGUCCUAGAUAACACACAGCUGGAUUGUGGAAUCCCCGAGAAGAUGCAGUGAUUGUCCCGGUCAGAAGACAACCCAGCAGAGAAGGAUGAACAGCGAGGAGGAGUUUUUUGAUGCCGUUACAGGCACAGACUCUGACAAUUCCUCUGCAGAGUUUGCCGACACUAACCAGCGGCUCGCCGACAUGACCCUCACCAACCAAAGCAUGACGCCCGACGAGGAGGGAAGCCUCCAGGAGAAUGGAGUGAAGAAACACAGGAUAUCCCUGCCGGCCCCCAUGAUCUCUAGAAGUAAUUUCAGCGUGUGGAGCAUAUUAAAAAAAUGCAUCGGCCUGGAACUGUCGAAAAUCACCAUGCCGAUUGUUUUUAACGAGCCUCUGAGCUUCCUGCAGCGAAUCACCGAAUACAUGGAGCACACAUACCUGAUCAACAAGGCCUGCUCCUGUACAGAUCCGCUACUCAGGAUGCAGUCUGUGGCUGCGUUUGCUGUUUCAGCUGUAGCAUCUCAAUGGGAGAGGACUGGCAAACCCUUCAACCCUCUUCUGGGAGAGACAUAUGAAUUAUUAAGGGAAGACCUGGGCUUCCGGCUCAUAUCUGAGCAAGUCAGCCAUCAUCCUCCCGUUAGUGCCUUUUAUGCUGAAGGUCUGAAUAAAGACUUCCUCUUCCAUGGCUCUAUUUACCCGAAGCUGAAGUUCUGGGGCAAGAGCGUGGAGGCCGAACCCAGAGGAACCAUCACCCUGGAGCUGCUCAAGCACAAAGAUGUCUAUACAUGGGUAAACCCCACCUGCUGUGUACACAAUGUUAUUAUCGGGAAGCUGUGGAUAGAGCAGUAUGGGACGGUGGAAAUUUUAAACCACAGCACUGGAGAUAAAUGCAUCCUGAACUUCAAACCCUGCGGCCUGUUUGGAAAGGAGCUGCACCGAGUAGAAGGAUAUAUUCAAGAUAAGAACAAAAAGAAACUAUGUAUGAUAUACGGAAAGUGGACAGAGUGCUUGUGGAGUGUAGAUCCUGCUACGUAUGAGGCUUACAAGAAAUCAGAAAAGAAGGGCGGUGAACCGAAGAAAAAUAAACCGAGUGAAGAAACUGUGAAUCCAGACACAGACGAAGCUGAUGAUAUGCCAGAGGUCCAGGAGACUGUGCAGGUCAUACCUGGCAGUACCCUUCUAUGGAGGAUCAGUAGCCGACCUUUAAACACGUCUCAGAUGUACAAUUUUACCCAUUUUGCCGUGGCUCUUAAUGAAUUCGACAAAGACAUGGUGUCAGUUUUGGCCCCCACGGACUGCCGGUUAAGACCCGACAUCAGACACAUGGAGAACGGGGAUCUAGAUCAGGCUAGUAAAGAGAAGGAAAGAUUAGAAGAGAAGCAGAGGGCAUCCAGGAGGGAACGAGCCAAAACAAAUGAAGAAUGGAACACAAGGUGGUUUACGCAGGGGACUAAUGCGCACACUAAGACUUCGGACUGGCUCUACACAGGAGGAUACUUUGAUAGAAACUUUACAGACUGUCCUGACAUUUAUUGACGCCCCCCUUUCUCUUCCUUCUUCCCUCCACUCUCCUUCCUUGGACUCCUCAUAUCUGACCUAGACGCCAUGUCGCCAUUUGCACCGGAGCUGCGGCUCGCUAACUGUGUCUGUGGGGAGCGGGUGUACAUUUAGAUAUAUUUAUAGAUGUAUAUGCACCUCCUCCUUUAUGUUUUUUUUUCUUUUCGAAACAUUUUAGGAAACGUUAUUGUUCAGCAAUCAGGGAAUUAAAGAUAUAUUACUAUUUUUGGUUGCCAAAA